CAUGUGAGAGGAAUGGAUAAGGAGAGUGAGAAAUGGGCCCGAAUCCUAUGGGACUACCUUCAUCUGCAUCAUCAUCUUGAAAAAAGUGAUGUGAUAAUUGGCUUGGGCUGUCAUGACCUGCGGGUUGCUGAGAGGUCAGCUGCUCUCUUUUUGGAAGGAUGGGCUCCCUGGCUGCUCUUCACUGGCAACCUGGGCAAACAGACUGCAGGUGUGUGGACCAGACGAGAGGCUGAUGUUUUUUUGGAUGUGGCUCUGCGGAUGGGGGUUCCUGGGAGGAACAUCCUGUUGGAGACUGAGGCUACAAACACUGGAGAGAAUAUCCGCUUCUCCCACAGAGUCCUCAAGGAGAGGAACAUUCCAGUUUCCAGGGUGAUCCUGGUGCAGCAGCCCUUCAUGGAGCGAAGGGUCUAUGCCACCUUUCUGCGUCAGUGGCCUGAACAGGUGGAGCUCACACGUGCUAUCGUGACCUCACCCCAGUUAGGCAUUUUUGAAUACCCUCACCCUACUGUUGGCACAGCUUCAGAUCUCAUCUGUUACAUGCUUGGCGUGGUGGAGAGAAUUCAGGACUAUCCUCAUAAAGGCUUCCAGGUGGAACAACAGCUCCCAUCCAGUGUACUGUCUGCAUACCACUGGUUCCUCCAGGCUGGCUACAGCCCCAAGUAAACAACACACGCUGUAAUUACUGGUGCAAAGAGUGCAGUUAUUUAUUAAAUCAGUGUUUUGACGAUUUCUCCAGA